GAGUCUCUCUUCACAGUCAGUAUAGAUAGAACAAAGAGCCUAUAUGGUACAGAUCUAGAAUCAGGGUUCCCUCCCAAAAUCCUAACUGUAACCAUUCGUGGUGGACAUUAAAAAUGGACCUAAGAUCAGUGUCUUGUGGCAACUUCCCCCCUGCACCACCAGUCACAGAGUGCAAGACAUAAUUGUCUCUCCAUUUGAAGGCUGGGGGUGCUGUAAACUUAGUCAGGAUAUAUGUAGGGUAUAUGUGAAUGUAUCCUAAAUUGGGACCCUGUGACCCACACAUACAUCAUAUAGCAUGAUAUAGAGUCAUAUCGUGUAGUAUAUUAUCACUUCGGUUGAAUCCCAUGUUUAAAAUGAAUGAUCACUGUGGGAAACAAACAUAUUCAGAUUAGGAACGAAUGUUGGUGCAAGUCACGUGGGGACCAGUUUCCCCUUCACUGUUGAAAGUUAAAACAAUAGUGUGACUACAGUAAAUCACACAUACGCAGGACAGUGCAGUGAGAAGACACAGCUAUAGACGUAUAUUAGAGUUGAGGUUAGAAGUAGAAGUUACUGUAUUUGAGAACAAGUGUGUUAAGAUGUCAGAGGGAGUCUAUGAAAACUCAGAUGGAUUUGAAGACGAUGAGCCUGAUGCAAUGAAGAACACAGACAUUGAUGGCCAAUUAUAUGGCAACGUACGAGCCUUCAAACCCAGUCCAAGAAAUGAAGUUGUUGUUUCAGUUCAUUUUCAGUGGUGGAAGAGACCCUCUGGAGUUGCUGCAGUGUGUCUGGGGCUGCUGUGUGUUCUCUUAUUGGCAGGGAUCAUAGGCCUGGCUGUCUACUAUGGAGUAAUUGGUCAUCACUACUCAACAGAGAGAGACCAGCUACAGACCAGUUACAACACCCUGACCAAAGAGAGAGACCAGCUACAGACCAGUUACAACAACAUGACUGAAGAGAGAAACCAGCUACAGACCAGUUACAACACCCUGACCAAAGAGAGAGACCAGCUACAGACCAGUUGCAACAACAUGACUGAAGAGAGAAACCAGCUACAGACCCAUUACAACACCCUGACCAAAGAGAGAGACCAGCUACAGACCAGUUGCAACAACAUGACUGAAGAGAGAAACCAGCUAAAGACCAGUUACAACAACAUGAAUGAAGAGAGAGACCAGCUACAGAUCAGGGUUAGGUUCUAUGAGAAACCCUGUCUAGCUGGAUGGUGGAAGUUUGGUACCAGCUGUUAUUAUGUCUCCCCCACGAUGAACACAGCUGGGGGCGGUCAGAGGGAGUGCAGAACAAUGGGAGGAAAGUUGGUUAUUAUAAACAGCAGAGAAGAACAGAUAUUCAUUUAUGAAUUUAAGAAGAAUGUCUGGAUUGGUACUUUUUUAAAAGCUAAAAUCUGGGAGUGGGUUGACAACACACCAUUUGCAACUACGUAUUGGAUGGAAGGGGAACCUAAUAACUUCAAUGACAAGGGGGUUUGUGUUGAGAUCUCACAGACAGCAACAGACCCAUUGAAGAGUUGGAAGGAUGGACCAUGUGUUCCAAAACACUGGGUCUGUGAGAAACCAAUCACACCGUAAUUAUUGGUUAUCCCUGUGAGGCUUAAGAUGCUUUUGUUUCUCUCUCUCUCUCUCUCUCUCUCUCUCUCUCUCUCUCUCUCUCUCUCUCUCUCUCUCUCUCUCUCUCUCUCUCUCUCUCUCUCUCUCUCUCUCUCUCUCUCUCUCUCUCUCUCUCUCUCUCUCUCUCUCUCUCUCUCUCUCUCUCUCUCUCUCUCUCUCUCUCUCUCUCUCUCUCUCUCUCUCUCUCUCUCUCUCUCUCUCUCUCUCUCUCUCUCUCUCUCUCUCUCUCUCUGUUUACUGGUAAGUGAUGAUGUCUAGUAGUUAUCAUGUUGAUGGUCAAGCUGAAUGGUUAAGUUAUGAUGUCUAGUAGUUAUCAUGUUGAUGGUCAUGACGAAUGGUUAAGUGAUGAUGUCUAGUAGUUAUCAUGUUGAGGGUCAUGGUGAAUGGUUAAGUGAUGAUGUCUAGUAGUUAUCAUGUUGAUGGUCAUGAUGAAUGGUUAAGUGAUGAUGUCUAGUAGUUAUCAUGUUGAUGGUCAUGAUGAAUGGUUAAGUGAUGAUGUCUAGUAGUUAUCAUGUUGAUUGUCAUGAUGAAUGGUUAAGUGAUGAUGUCUAGUAGUUAUCAUGUUGAUGGUCAUGAUGAAUGGUUAAGUGAUGAUGUCUAGUAGUUAUCAUGUUGAUGGUCAUGAUGAAUGGUUAAGUGAUGAUGUCUAGUAGUUAUCAUGUUGAUGGUUGGAUACAGUGCUGAAAUGUAAGUGAUAAUUGAGAUAUCAACUCAUCACAGAGGUAAAAUAGUGGUAUUACAGACUUGCCAACUGCUUUUUCUCAAUGAAUCCUUCCUCCUCUGAUCCUCAAAACACUUUGGAUAUUAUGGUCCAAGAGGAGUGACCCUGGACUUUCUCCUCUAAUAGUGUUGUGAAGGAGGAGAGGAGAUGAGAGGAGACAGGAGGAGAGGAAUCUAGGAAAGACUAAUUGAGAUAGAGCCUUAGUGUCAGAGAGAGACAUAGAGAAGAAGAAAAUUAAGAGAAUAAAAACACAAAAACAAAAACAUUGAAUUGUUUUAGAUUUAGAGGAUCGUAUGUAGACAUGCAAUCUGUAAAAUGCUUAUAUUCAUAGUUUUUAUUAGUAUGUAAGUCUCUCUGGAUGAUGGCUUCUGCUAAAUGACAAAUGUACAUUUAAUGUAAUUUGCCAUAGGCUUGUGCUUGUUUAUUAUUCAUAUCUUGAUAUUUUUUUUGCAUGUUAAAUUGUUAGAAUAAAUGGCUUUUAUCAUAACAACAAAGUAAAGUAAUAAAGGAACAAUGUCCUUUAACCAGC